AUGAGAUGGGGUCAUAAAGCUAAUCCGGAUAGGUGGUUCAUAAACUUACAACCACAAUUCCAAGAAGUUGUAGACGCAAUGGAAGUGAAUGGUGAACCAGAUAUAGCUGGUAUUUUCAGCGCGGCUUUAAUGCCAUUGAAAGAUAUGAAACAUGCAGAUAUUUUGGACCAGUAUGAAAUGAACAUGGCUGAAGGAAAUAUAACACCUGACGUUCUAGAACAUUUAUCUCAAGGAACUACACAGAACCAUAGAGAUGGUAUAUUUGGUGAAGAGUUUAGAAAGAAAGUUAGGGAGAGAGAAGGAAGAGAACCUAUUGUACAUGACCUUGCAAACGAAAGUUUGCAAAAUGUCAUAAAAACUUACUUUGCAGACAAUAAAAUGAGAAGGGAUGAAUAUUUAAGAAAACUCAAAUGGACAGUACCAAAUGAAAUGUUAGUAUUGAAAAACAUGUUCCUUGACAAAAUAAAACCAACUACAGAAAUAAAUGACGCAAGACUGAAACAGUGGGUAAAAGCUUUCCCAUUCACAAAAGAUAUUAUUGGUAACAUGGAAAGAAAACCAGAAUGGCUACAAAAACAUAUAUUUGGAAACGAGCUUAUUCCAUAUGGACAAGCUCUGUUUGAAGAGCUUGAACCGGAAACUCAGGAAAGAGUCAUGCAAACAAUACGCGAAGACUCAAAUACAAACUAUGACAAAAUCUUUCUAGGAUAUAGGUUACCUGAGAUGGGCGACCAGAGCCCAAAGGCAAAAAGGACAUGGGAAAUUUACAACAUACUAGGUGAACAUGAGGCAAAGAUGCAACAACUUGAAGCAGAGGGCAAGUUACCAAAAGCGACACCAAAGAAGAAGAGUAGAACAAAGUGA